GAGUCGGCAUUGUCAGGCGGCAGUACCGCGCGGGCCUGGGAGAGCUUCUGUGUUGGUGGCUUUCGUGCGGCGGCGGCGGCAGCGGCAGCGCAGGCCGAGGGAGGAGGGCGCGAGGUCGCGGCGGCUCCGUCGGUAGACGGGGGAGAGGCCCGGCAGCGCAAGCGUGAGCGCGGCCGAGCCCGCGGUGCCUUCCCGGCGGGUGGGGACGAGCGGGCCCCGCGGCGUCAUCGGCGGCGAGGAGCCGCGCGCCACGGCCUAGCAUGUCGGAAGCGGGUGAGGAGCAGCCCAUGGAGACGACGGGCGCCACCGAGAACGGACACGAGGCCGCCCCCGAAGGCGAGUCGCCGGCUGGGACUGGUGCUGGCACCGGGGUCGCGGCUGGCGCCGGAGGCGGGAGCGUGGCGCCCCAGGCCGGCAACCAGAACGGCGCCGAGGGUGACCAGAUAAACGCCAGCAAGAACGAGGAGGACGCGGGAAAAAUGUUCGUUGGUGGCCUGAGCUGGGAUACCAGCAAAAAGGACCUAAAGGAUUAUUUUACCAAAUUUGGAGAGGUCGUUGACUGUACAAUAAAAAUGGAUCCCAACACUGGCCGGUCAAGAGGGUUUGGGUUUAUCCUCUUCAAAGAUGCAGCCAGCGUGGAAAAGGUUCUAGACCAGAAGGAGCACAGGCUGGAUGGCCGUGUCAUUGACCCCAAAAAAGCCAUGGCAAUGAAGAAAGACCCAGUAAAGAAAAUUUUUGUGGGGGGUCUGAAUCCUGAAGCCACUGAGGAGAAGAUCAGGGAGUACUUCGGCGAGUUUGGGGAGAUUGAAGCCAUUGAGCUUCCAAUGGAUCCAAAGUCGAACAAAAGACGAGGCUUUGUUUUCAUCACCUUUAAAGAAGAGGAACCUGUGAAGAAAGUUCUGGAGAAAAAGUUCCACACUAUCAGUGGAAGUAAGUGUGAAAUCAAGGUGGCUCAGCCCAAAGAGGUUUAUCAACAGCAGCAGUAUGGCUCUGGGGGCCGUGGGAAUCGCAACCGAGGGAACCGAGGCAGCGGUGGUGGUGGCGGAAGUGGAGGAGGUCAGAGUCAGAGUUGGAAUCAGGGCUACGGCAGCUACUGGAACCAGGGCUACGGCUACCAGCAGGGCUACGGGCCCGGCUAUGGCGGCUACGACUACUCGCCUUAUGGUUAUUACGGCUACGGCCCCGGCUACGACUACAGUCAGGGUAGUACAAAUUACGGGAAGAGCCAGCGACGCGGUGGCCAUCAGAAUAACUACAAGCCAUACUGAGGCUUUGGCAGGAGUGUCUGACUGACUGCACACGCUUUGUUUGGAUAUCGAGUGAACACAAUUAUGUACCAAAUUUAACUUGGCAAACUUUCUAUGGGCUGUCCCAUGUGCGUCUUAUUUAAAAUUUCCCCCCUGGAAAUCA